AUGAAUUUUGUUCUCCUAUUAGAAAGUAUCGUUUUAAUUGUAUUGUAUAUGACAUCAACUAGACCAUUUGAUAAACCUAUUCCAAAGAGCCCUGCAAGUCCAUAUCCUAUUGUCACUGACUUCUGUGAUAUUGUAAGUGGUUUCGGUAGGGGUUCGGCAGAACUUGGUAUUCCAACCGCCAAUAUUCCAAUAGAUCAAAUACCUACAGCAGCUAAGGACCUUGAACAAGGUGUCUAUUUUGGUUUUGCUCGCAUCCAACCCAUUGGGAAAGAGGAAAGAACUGAACCAAGAGAAAACCAUAGAGAUGUAGAAUACAACUAUGGAAAAUACUUGGAGGAGUCCAAUGGUGACUUUGAUGUCCUUCCAGUUGUGUUCUCGAUUGGUUCAAACCCAUUCUAUCAUAAUAAACAUAGAACAUUAGAAAUUCAUGUGAUUCAUAAAUUUAAGAGAGACUUCUAUGGUGCAAAAUUAAAAUUCAAUAUAUUGGGUUACAUUAGGCCAGAAUUGGACUACAUCUCAGCAGAUGCACUAAUUACUGAUAUUAAUAAGGAUAUUAUUAUUGCAAAACGUGUGUUAGAAACUGAUGAAUAUAAGAAGUUUAUGCAAGUUCUUUCGUAG